UCACCACCUCCAAAAUCCCAAAUAAAAUCAAAAUUUUGACCGGGACGGACGCACGGACGGACAGACGGACGCCAUGUCCAUGCCCGCCACGCCCACCAGCAACGACGCCUGCCUGAGCAUCGUGCACAGCCUGAUGUGCCACCGGCAGGGCGGCGAGAGCGAGACCUUCGCCAAGCGCGCCAUCGAGAGCUUGGUUAAAAAAUUAAAAGAGAAAAAAGACGAGUUGGAUUCGUUAAUUACGGCGAUAACGACCAACGGAGCGCAUCCCAGCAAGUGCGUGACCAUCCAGAGGACGCUGGACGGGAGGCUGCAGGUGGCAGGCCGCAAGGGAUUCCCGCACGUCAUCUACGCCCGCCUGUGGCGCUGGCCCGACCUGCACAAGAACGAGCUGAAGCACGUCAAGUAUUGCCAGUUCGCCUUCGACCUCAAGUGCGACAGCGUCUGCGUCAACCCCUACCACUACGAGCGCGUGGUGUCGCCUGGCAUCGAUCUGUCGGGGCUGACGCUGCAGAGCUCAGCCCCGCCCAGCCUGCUGGUCAAGGACGAAUACGUGCCCGACUACGACGGGCAGCCGCCCUUGGCAUCGGCCGACGGGCACUCGGUGCAAACCAUCCAACACCCGCCUGCCAACCGUGCCAACUCCGAACCUUUCAGUGCCAACCCCGCCAUGUUGGCACCACCCGAGGGCACCACCAGCGGCGGCGGCGGCGGCACCAACUUCCCCAACAUUCCCGUGGCAUCCACAAACAGUACCACCAGCUGGACCGGAAGCCGCACGGCCGCCUACACGCCCAGCAUGGCACACCAUCAAAACGGGCACCUGCAGCACCACCCGCCCAUGCACCCCGGGCAUUACUGGCCGGUCCAUAACGAGUUGGCAUUCCAGCCGCCCAUCUCCAACCAUCCUGCUCCCGAGUACUGGUGCUCCAUCGCCUACUUCGAGAUGGACGUGCAGGUGGGCGAGACCUUCAAGGUUCCUUCCAGCUGCCCCAUCGUCACCGUCGACGGCUACGUCGACCCCUCCGGCGGCGACCGCUUCUGCCUGGGCCAGUUGUCCAACGUGCACCGGACGGAGGCCAUCGAGCGAGCAAGGUUGCACAUCGGCAAGGGCGUGCAGCUGGAGUGCAAGGGCGAGGGCGACGUCUGGGUGCGCUGCCUGAGCGACCACGCCGUCUUCGUGCAGAGCUACUACCUGGACCGCGAGGCCGGCCGAGCGCCCGGCGACGCCGUGCACAAAAUCUACCCCAGCGCCUACAUCAAGGUUUUCGACCUGCGGCAGUGCCCGCAGAUGCAGCAGCAGGCGGCCACGGCGCAGGCGGCGGCAGCGGCGCAGGCGGCAGCCGUGGCAGGAAACAUCCCCGGGCCCGGCUCCGUGGGUGGCAUCGCGCCCGCCAUCAGCCUCUCCGCCGCCGCCGGCAUCGGCGUGGACGACCUGCGGCGCCUCUGCAUUUUGCGCAUGAGCUUCGUCAAGGGCUGGGGCCCCGAUUACCCGCGCCAAAGCAUCAAGGAGACGCCGUGCUGGAUCGAGAUCCACCUGCACCGAGCGUUGCAACUUUUGGAUGAAGUGCUGCACACCAUGCCCAUCGCCGACCCGCAGCCGCUGGAUUGAGCCGGCGCAUUUCCUGCAUCGUCGCGUCGCCGUUUGCCCACUUUGCUCGGAGCAAAACGCGCAGGAUUUGGAAGAAUUUCCCAAAUUUGCAGGAUUUGGAACUGCGCCGGAGUCGUCGCAUCCCAGCUGUGCCCACCGUGGGCUGUGGGGCACAACUCUGCCGUCCCUGUGCCCACAUCACAGCUGUGCCCACCCUGAGUGCCCCCGGCCGCGCCUUUGGGCCUUGUGUCCCCUCAGGUCUCCGCCCCUUCUGCCGCCGCCCCGCCCCAGCGAAUUUCCGCCCUCACCGCGAGAACAACCCUAAUUAUUCCCAAUUAAUCAUUAAAAUUAAUCAUUGCAAUUAUAAUUCCAAUUAAUCAUCGCAAUUUAUCAUUACAUUUAAUUAUUCCGACUCCCCGCCAUCCAAGAUGGCGGCCCCCGUGUCGUCACGUGAUGCUUUUCCAAGAUGGCGGCGCCCAGGCUUUCCCGCGCAUUCCGCAACAAGAUGGCGGCGCCCACGUUUUCCCGCGCUUUCCGGCAACAAGAUGGCGGCGCCCAGCGGCGACUUCCGGCAACAACAAGAUGGCGGCGCCCAGCUCGGCCUUUUCUUAUCUCCUUUUGAUAAGCGCUCAACGGAAUUCCCGGUAGUUUUUUUUUGUAGCUUCCUGUACGUUUUUUUGGUUUUUUUGGUUUCAUUAGGAGCUAGUCGGUGAAAAAUAUAAUUUUCACAAAAUAUAAUGUAGCUAAAUUUGCUGAAAUUCUGUAAUUCAGAGUUAUGGUUUUUGAUUAAAAAAAGGAAAAAAUUC